AUGGAAACUUCACUUUUCCAACCAAUAUAACAUUACGAUCCAUUUUUUAAAUUUUCAGAAGAUUAAGAAUGGUAUCCAUUUAAAAUGCAUUUUGAUUAUUCUAAUAAUAAUAAAACAUCUAGACAUUUAUUAUAAAUUCUCCAAACUUAAGUAAUUCCUGCAGUUGGUGCAUAUUUUGAGCAAGCCUUGAAAGUUCAAAAAUUCAAAAGUAGAAUUUUUAUAGAUGAUUUUUACCUUAAGAAAACUUGUGGAAUUCCCAAAUUAAAAAUUCCAUAAAAACAUAUAAAAAAAGGUGUAGAAGCGGACUCUAUUUUCUACAUAACACUUUUAAAUGAGCCUUUCAAUAAUUAUAUAGCUUAUGCGAGUAUUUGUCCUUAAGGAAAAGGCUUUGGAUUUCCCAACGGAAGGCCUACAGUGGGUUAUUUUGCAAUAAAUGAGUAUUAUUUUCAAAAAGAUAUUGAUAGAUUAGUAUAGGAUCCUACUUUGAUUAAUUAAUGGAUUUGGACUACUUUACAUGAAAUCACACAUUCUUUGGUAUUCUCACCUCAUAAUUUUAAGAGGUUUAUUAGAGAAAAAAAUCCUAUGAAAUAAUUCGAAGAUGGGAGAUUUUAUAUAAUUGCACCUUCAGUUCUUGAAUAUGCGAAAAAAUAUUUCAAUUGUGAAUAAAUGAAAGGAGUUCCUUUAGAAGAUGAAGGAGGUGAAGGUACUGAGAAAGGACACUGGGAUAGAAAAACAUUCGGAAAUGAGGUAAUGACUGGAAGUUCUACAUAUGAUAAUGUUUUUACGAAAUUUACUUUAUUGAUUUUUUAUGCUUCUGGUUGGUAUGAUGUUGAAUGGAGUUAAUCUUAAUAACUUACAUGGGGAUAUGGGGAAGGGUGUAAGUUUCUAAGUCAAAAAUGUGAUUAUAAUUCAAAGGAAUUCUGUGAUUUAAAUGAUGGUGAUACGGGUUUGAAGUGUACUUAUGAUUAUGUAGGUAUAGGGAAUUGUCAUGAGGAUUAAUUGGCGAAUUCUUGUGGAUAUUUUAAAUCUCGUGUAGGUAAAAAUUGUAAUUAUCCGUCUAAAUAUAUGGCGAAAAAAUGGAUAUAGGAAGGAGGAAGCUUUGGAAAAAAUACCAGAUGCUUCUAGACUUCAAAAGAUAAGUAAAAUUUAGGAAUUUGCUUUGAAAGUAAAUGUGAUUUUGAUAAUAAAUUUGUGUAUUUUAAAGCUUUUAAUUAGUGGUAUAAAUGUGAAAAAGAUGGAUAGGUUUUAAAAGUUAAUGGGGUAGAAAUUAGUUGCCC